AUUUAGCAUAAAAUAUUAAAUGAAUAUUAUUUUUAAUGAUUUAGAAAUGUGCUACUAGGCUAAGAAGUACUUGGUUUUGACUGAGUUUUUUUUUUACAUGAAUUAACUAUGCACAUAAAUGAAUAGUUGCAUGCAUAUAUAGCACUUUAAUGAGUAGAGAUCUCUUUAUUAUCGAAAUAUUGAAUUUUAAGAAGUUUCUUUGUUAUUUGGCCUCAAAAAGUAAUCGGUCGAUAUGUAGUGACAUCUGUUUUUUGAGUAUAUGAAAAGUUAUAUAUUUUACAUGUUUCACGGCUGCGCAGGCUUUUGUGGGAUAAAAGUAUUUUCGGAAUAUUUUAUAUUUGGAUGAAGAUAAUGUUCUCGUCGUCUUGGUGAAAAGCGCCAUCUGUAAAUGCUAAAAAUACGACCGCCAUCUGCCUAUCUCUUAUCAAAACAUUUGUUUGUCAUUCGUCUAAACAUAGCUCGCGUCAGCACCAUGUACGCUUUCCUCCUUUAUCUCAUUCCGCUACAUGAGCGCCAUCUAUCAACACCGUCGCCGAAAAGGAAGAACGAUACAUAAUUAAGAGAACAGCGCGCGACGUCACUUGACAAAGCAUCACUUCGAUGUUCUGUAGACGCCUCUAACUGUCUAUCAUUUUAAACUCCGCCUACUUUGUCAAGUUUGUCACCGCCUCGAUCACCGUCUCAUGGCUUCAACAUAUCAGGUGGCGCAAAAUUUUUGACAAACGCCCUACCCUGCUAAAAAUAGUGACAGACGAGCAGCCGAUGUCCGCCGCACCGUUCGUCGCUUGUUUGCAGGUAAGAGAAAUUGUUUGUCAAAACUUUCUACGUCCAGGAAAUUGAGCGUCUUGCGACGUCCAAUCAGUCUAAGGCGUCUUUCAAGCGUCUCCGCAACUUCAAAGGUUUUGAUGGUCAUUCAUGUGCAAUAAUUCGGCCAGAGAGAAAUUGUCACGAAAGUUCUACUGUAUAUAAUGUAUUUUAUAUAUACCUGUCGUCAUUCUACAAAACAGCAUACUGCAAACUGUUACAAAUUUUUUGCAGUAUUCUAGUUUUUCAAGGCAUAAUAGCGGCAGAUGUGUUUCACCUCUGUCACAGGUGCGUCAACGCUGUGGAAUUGCACAUUGGUAAAAUAAUAUAAGCGCUAGUCGGACCGCAAAAAUACGUCAGUUAAUAAAGCGUCACUUAUUCAUGGACGACGUUUUUCCGGGCGUCACCCAGCGCAAAAGACGCGCAGUCGAGGUCUAUUUACAUCUUUUCAGAGAUUUCUUCUAACAUUUUUAUUCUAUUUUCUCUUUGCAGCCAGUCCGUUGUACCGCUAUAAAUUGCGGUUGUGAGAGGUUCAUGGCAAGUAAGUUGACGAAGAAUUGCGACGCCUGUAAACAUUCAUGGGUUACGCAUGCAAUCGAGAAAUUGCGAUCUGGAGAGACGGUCGCUUUCGAUGGCGCAGCUCUUCUUUUAUACGGCGUCACUGCUAUUCCUGUAAGGCUUAAGAUUUUACUGGACAGGCUACUUUCUACUUUUAAACGGCAUGAAAUGCUAGGAAUUUUAGCUGCUUUCGGUUGGACUUUAGAAGAUUAUAACCGAGGCUAUAUAAUGCAGGAUCAAGUGGGCCGAGUAGUAGAGUCUUGGACUAUGGUCACUCGGGAUGAAGAAAACCUAAUUCUUCAACAAUUUUUAAAGAUGCCGGAAUUUCGAAGUAUAGCACAAGACCUCUUAGAGCAAGAUGUCAGGGACUCUCUAACGCCUCAAGCAUCUCCAAAGAAAGCUGCCGAAGAAGAGCCACUUAUGCCGACUGUCUUCGAUCCCAGAUUAAUCGCCUAUCCCCUCCUGUCUCCGAGAUUUCUACCUUUUGGUCAACCAAACGAAGAGAAAUUAAGAUCAAAACUUCCUGAGGUUCUCGACUUAUCCGGUAAGAAGUCGCCAUCGAACAGCACAACGACCUCGUCCUCCGGGAAAAAACGUGUUUUAUGCACGGCUUGUAAUAAGACAUUCUGCGAUAAAGGCGCUUUGAAAAUUCACUACUCAGCCGUUCAUCUGAAAGAGAUGCAUAAAUGUACAGUGGAAGGGUGCAGUAUGACCUUUUCUUCAAGAAGGUCUCGCAAUAGACACAGCGCCAAUCCUAAUCCUAAGUUACACUGCCAGAAGAAAAGGGAAAUAUUGCCUAAUUCUAAAAUUUUAAACGACGUAAACAUAGCGUCUAUUCUGACAACUGAAAAAAGAUCGAAUAAGAGGAAAGGCGUCCCGACCAAAGUUACUAGGAUAGAUACCCAAAUUGAACGUUUGACAGCUUGACUCUCGAAAAUGGGUGUCACUUAGCAUCACUAUAUGCACUCGUUUUUUUUGUUUAGUAGUUUUCUAUUAAUCACUGAACAACGACAGAUGGCAUCACCCGAUUUGGAGUUAAAACAUAUAAAGUAACGUUUUUUUUAAUAUUUAUUACAUAAAAGCUUACGAUUUGGGUGAAGCAGUUUUGUUUUUUCUUUUCGUUUCUAUUUAUUCUUUAACUUAUAUGUUUCUUUGGAAGGACAAAAAGUUUUAACAGAAUACCUGAAUGAAGAUAAUGCACAUUUCGUUAUCAAUAAGUAGUUCACACUGCAAAAGUCGUCUUCCGUUAAAAUUUAUUUUUUUCGAUAUGCAAAUUAGGCUGGGAAUAAGUGCAAAUUGUGAAUGUGUAUAAAGAAGCAAUAAGAAUUAUUAUUUAUUUAUAUAUUUAUGUAGCCUAGUAAAUUAUACUUCUCUUUGGAGGACGUCAAAAUCUCCUAGUAUAUAGCGUAUUUAUUUUUAGAAAACUAAGCUCUUAUAAUUGAAUACAGUUCUGCUUGUUAACGCGACAAAACUGCUAAAAAUAGAUUCGGCAUACCCUUUCUAAAAAUAGAACAGUUUGGUUAAAACUAUUUUUAGCUUUGUGUGAGAUGCUUGCGUUCUAACGUACCAAUGCGCACAUUGCACCAUCCUGGGGCACAUACUAAUGGCCAAUAUCCUUUAAUGUGAAUUAAUUGCAGAUGAUAGAUCUAUCAAAUUGCGCCAUCUAGUAUUUUUAUGCAAAAUUCUGG